CACACACACACACACACCCACACACGCACGCACGCUCUGACACACGGACUCACAGUUUGGAGUAUCAGCGCUCGGAGCAGGACGGACAGAGGGGGAGAACUGCACCUGUCCUACACACACACACACACACACGCUCUAAUCUCGCACACACAUACAGGGGAUCUGACCGGUCGUCCUUAUGUGUGGAUGGGACCAAAGUUACACGGCGACCUCUCAUAGCUCGGCCAUGUUGACCAGUGAGGGGGCGCACACCAUGGAGCAGGACGACUCGCACCGCGGACCCAAGAUGGCCUCCGCCGCCACCGCCGCCGCCGCCAGCUCCAGCUCAGACGGAGCCGAGACAAUGACAGACACAGACGUUGACAUGGAGAUGGAGAUGGAUGGGGCGGACAUGACUCAGUGGACGGAGGCAGAGUUCGAGGAGAAGUGCACGUACAUUGUCAAAGACACGGCGUGGGAGGCGGGGCCAGACGGCGACUCCGCGAUGACGACGACGACCAGAGCGGAGGCCUCGCUGCCCCGGAACCUGGCCUUCAAACACCCGGCUGACAGCAAGGAGGUGGUCGGCGUGUGCAGCAGGGAGUACAUCCCCAAAGGAACUCGCUUCGGUCCGCUGGUGGGUGAAAUCUACACAGCUGACAGCGUCCCCAGAGACGCCAACCGCAAGUACUUCUGGAGGAUCUACGUGGACGGGGAGUUCCAUCAUUUCGUCGACGGCCUGGACGAGACCCGCUCUAACUGGAUGCGGUACGUGAACCCGGCCCACUCUGCGGCGGAGCAGAAUCUGGCGGCGUGUCAGAACGGCAUGGAGGUUUAUUUCUACACGGUGAAGCCUGUUCCCGCCGGCGCUGAGCUGCUCGUUUGGUACUGCCACGACUUCGCCCGACGCCUCCACUACCCACCAUCAGGAGAGCUGAUGAUGCAGAAACUCAAGCAGUCUCUCUUAGAGGUCAAGCAGCAGCAGGUGAGCAGUGAGGAGCAUUUGGUUGAAGCCUCCAGCCCGUCCCCAGUCCCAGUGACCUCCACCCCGCCCAAGAGGGAACAUAGCGUCCUCUCCAUUCUGCGUGGCACCAACAGCACCUCAUCCUCCUCGUCCAGCAAGAAAGAGCCCAGCCGGCCGCUUCCCACCCGCCCGCGUUGUGCCGACAGCCCUGAGCGCCCCCUUUACCCUCGCGCCCUUUACCCCGCGUUCAGGCCCCACCCUCACAUCCCUGAAGACUUCCUUAGCCACAAACCUGGCCAGCUCGGUUACCCUGCAACCCGUUCCCCCGGCAACCAGUCCUCGGCUACACCCAGCCCGUCAGCGAGGAGCAGCCCAGAUAGCAGCCCUCACGGGAGCCCUUCGGGUCCGGUGCCGUCCCCAGCUUCUUUGUACCACACCAGACUGGGCUCCUACCCUGGUUACUCCCCGCCAUCUGCCCCCCUCUCCUCACCCUUUUACCCUCCAGGAACCCCCUACUCACGCUACCUCCUGCCCCAUCACUACCCUCUGUCUGGCGGCGGCGUCCCCACAGUAGGAGGGAUCUUUCCCAGGAUGUACCCUCUGUACAGCAGCCUCCUACCCAAUCAUGUGCCCCUCCUGCCCUCCGACACAGCAGGAAGGCGCUUCCUGAUGCCUGACCCCAUCCAUCCCUCCUCCAUUUCUGCCCACAGAGACUUCCUCCUUCCCGGGCCCACAAGUGCCUUCUCAUCCGCCACCUCUCUGAAGGACAAAGCAGGGCCUCGCCACCCUUACACCGGGCUCCCUCACCUACAUGAACCAGCCCACACACCCUCCAGCGGCUCCCCAACAGCAGGCACAGCGCCUCCCAGUGAGCGGAUGCCUACCAAGCCUACCUCAGCCCUGCUGGGCAACACCAGUGAGCAUCGCCACGACGAGGAGGCCAUCAACUUGUCCAAAGUGAAGCGAGGUGCAGGCUCCGCAGGCUACAAGGCGCUGCCAUAUCCACUGAAGAAGCAGAACGGCAAAAUCAAGUACGAGUGCAACGUGUGCAGCAAGACCUUCGGGCAGCUGUCAAACCUGAAGGUUCAUCUUCGUGUCCACAGUGGAGAGAGACCCUUUAAAUGUCAGACCUGUAACAAAGGCUUCACCCAGUUGGCUCACCUGCAGAAACACUACCUGGUCCACACUGGGGAGAAGCCGCAUGAAUGCCAGGUUUGCCACAAGCGCUUCAGCAGCACCAGCAACCUGAAAACUCACCUUCGCCUCCACUCAGGGGAGAAGCCCUACCACUGCAAACUCUGCCCAGCCAAGUUCACCCAGUUUGUCCACCUCAAGCUGCACAAGCGCCUGCACUCCCGUGAGCGUCCACACAAAUGCCCUCACUGUCACCGCCACUAUAUCCACCUGUGCAGCCUGCGACUACACCUGAAGGGCUACUGCCUGGCGGCCAGCUCUGACUCUGGCAGUCCCGCCGUCGCUAGUCAGGCUGCCUUGGAGGAGGUGCACCGCGCCAACGAGGAGAUCGAGCGCUUCGACAUCAGCGAGCAUGCUGAGCAGCUGGAGCAGCUGCAGGGAGGGGUGGAGGUGGAGGCCAUGUUGGAGAAGCAGGUCUUGGGGAUGCUGUGGAGGGAGACUGACCUUAAGUCCUCCCACUUUCAUCCCCUCCACAAGGGAGACGCCACCGAGCUUCUGUCCGCGGGUUAUGGUGCAUACGAGUCCCCGAAUGAGACGUCGGUCAUCAAGAUGCGGCACAGCAGCCCCAUCCUGCCACUUGCUGCCAACGUCACCGUCAAGCAGGAGUCAGAGGAUCGUGUGUAAAUGACUUUUGAAGCCAAAGGACAUGGUUUCAAGACUGCAUGACUCACAGUGGACUGGGUUGCCAGGAGCAACGGCUGUAAAUAAAUCAUUCUUGACCUGGUUGUCAUCAGGAGUGACAUCAUGACCACGUCAGGCUUUCAACCUAUCAGGGACUCUCGUACUCAGGGCUACAAGAGACACUGUCCCAUGACUACUUAGUGGUUUCAGCGUUUAUUAUACUUAGAGACAAUCAUCUACCCAGGACUUACCAUUAAUGUAAUUACUAUAAUGCUACUAUCAUUAUUGUUAUUGUAUUAUUUGGUCUAUAUUUUCAAAUGUCUUUGUUUUUUUGUUUUUUUUUGGAUCAAUUAGUUGUUAUAUAACCUACUUAAUUUAUUAUACUUUUUAUUUGUUGUCUUUAAAAGCAAUAGGUGGAAUUGAUGGUUACACUGACGGGGUAAAAUCAAUAUAAAGGACUAUGUUUCUGUUGAUUUUGUUUUUCUCUGUGACCAUUUCUCUGUAGAUAGUCACUCUUGCUAUGCCUAUAUCUGUCAUGCGACCUCUGACCUAUAGAACCGGGGGUCUCCACUCUUCAGGGUUUUAUCGAUUUAAAUUUAGAAACCAGUAUAGCAGGUUAAAAAGGUUGAAAAACUUGCCAAAGUGUGGCACAUACAUUUGUUAAUUUGGCAAGAAGCUUUAUUUCAACCCUGCUUGAUAGCUUCCCAAAAGUAUGUCUGUGUCAUUUUCUGAUGCCUACUUAAUUUAAAUGAAACAAAAAAGGGCAUUUUUUUUGUAUAUGUUUCACAACGGUUACCUCAGUGUGCAUGUGACGAUAUGAGUGUGUGUGUUUGUGAAUUUUAAGGGACAGCUGAAGGUGGGAGCUUUCUAUUUAUUUGCUUUUUUGCUACUUGAAAAAGAAGAAAAAACCAAACUGAGGUGGAGUGCAGCUCUUCACGUGGUCCAAAGGAGCUCAACAUGUAGCACAUAAUGGACUUGGGAGGCUGGUGAGCCGUCCCCUCCUCGUCCCUUCUUUUGUUUUAUUUUUUUUGCAACACUGUCAACACCCAGCAGGGAAGUGAACAUCCUCAGAUUCUGGGAUUCACUCUUGACGCUAGUAACCAAAGUUCAUAUGGCUUUAAUUUAAAAAUGCACACCGAGAAAACACAAAAAAGGAAAAUCCAAAACAAGGGAAGGAAGGACUUGAGGAAUCCAAAUGCUGAAGAAGGGAAGAUGAACUGUCUGUAUGUGAUGAGUUUUUCACUCUUUACUCACGUCGUUUUGUAGAUGUUUCUGUUUUGUUGGUCUUGUUGUUUUUUUGAUAUUUCAGUUGGGAAACAAUGGCCCCUUCUUCAACUCCACCCGUCCGCCAUCUUGUUAAUGAACUGGCACACACCAAAGCACCUCGGCCCUCAUUUAUGCACUGGCCCCCUCCUCUAACUUUAUAACUUCAGUGCCGAUGCUUGCACCAUUCACACUGUGUACGGUAUCACUGAAAACUGGUCAUGAUGGCAUUAAGACUCGCCUUAAUGUUACUACAGAAGUGCAGCAGCAGUUGUACAUCAAACUGAGCUCUGCAGCUCUUUCUCUUUCUUUCCUUUGUUCCAUUAUCUUUCCGUCCAAACAACAAUGACCAAAGCGUCUCUUUCUCUUUGAUCAGAGCUUUAACUCCAGAGGAGAAUUCCCCAAAGGACUGUCUCUGUUUACAUUCUGGUUUACAUAGUUAUUUA